AUGGUCAAUGAAGAAUGUGCGUGCCCCAAGGAUAGCUUCUUACUUCCCUACAUUGGCCUCAUCGUAGAUUCGAUCGCCGACCACCACUUGAUGAGCUUUAUGGAUGCUUACUCGGGGUACAACAGGAUCAGCAUGUACCUCGGUGAUGAGGAAAAGACGUCGUUCAUCACCGACAGAGGAUUAUACUGCUACACUGCCAUGUCGUUUGGUUUGAAAAAUGCAGGAGCCACCUACCAGCGGCUGGUCAAUCAAAUGCGGUUUCCUCGGCCUUGGUGUGAGAAGAUGAUGGGGUCCAAAGACCAGUUUACUAUGGGAAGCGGGGUGCACAUCAUCACGGAUGAGGGUGAGAAGCAUGACUACACUGUCAAGUUGGCAUUCAAGACCACCAAUAACGAGGUAGAACAUGAGGCGCUCCUUCUUGGCAUGACAAUAACGAGAUCCUUGGCAACUGGAAUUUAA